AUCGUUCACAGCUACUCUUUAUCUCCCAUAGCAUAGAAGAAAACAGCCCCUGUACCCACUAGCAUAACAUAGAAGAAAACACGAAACAUGGCUGCAAACGGAAACACCUCGAGCGCUAUACGGAGGAAGCUGGUCAUUGUGGGAGACGGUGCUGCAGGAAAGACCUCGCUCCUCAACGUCUUUGCAGUUGGCCAUUUCCCAGAGAGCUAUGAACCCACAGUCUUUGACAAUUACGUGACAGAAAUCGAGCUGGACGGCAAACCGGUGCAGCUGGCUCUAUGGGAUACUGCGGGCCAAGAAGAAUACGAACGUCUACGCCCACUCUCAUAUUCCAAAGCCCACGUGAUUCUCAUAGCCUUUUCUGUCGAUACCCCCGAUUCCCUGGAGAAUGUUACUCAAAAGUGGAUAGAAGAAGUACGGUCGAUCUGUGGAAAAGCUAUCCCUGUCAUCUUGGUUGCUUGCAAGACAGAUCUCAGAGAGAAGGCUAUCGCCGAUGGGACCUACACGCCUCAGAGAUUUACGGAUCGCCAGACUGGCCAAAGAAUAGCAGACUCGAUAAACGCCCGCGCCUACAUCGAAACCUCUGCUCUCCUCAACCAAAAUGUCGACGACGUAUUCGAAGCCGCUACUCGCGCGGCUGUGCUCGUGCGCGACCAGGGGCACGGGGGUGUGGGGGCGAGCUACGACCGGUCGGGGAAUGGUACAGGGGACGGGAACGGGGGGAAGAGCAAGAGGGAGAGGGGGGAGAAGGAGAGCAUGUGUGGGGGUUGUGUGAUCGCUUGAUUGGCUGCGGUUUACAAGAUCGGCCUCGCAGCCACCUAGAACCUAUCCUAUGAUCCCCACGACACACUCACCCCCACGACCGACGGCCAUGCGCCCACCCGCCUUUCUCCUACCCUAUCGGCGUCAGAGGAAGAAGAAAAAACGCCCUUGAUGGGUCUCUUUGCAUGAUAUUCACGAAGUAGUAUGAUUAGCUUUCCCCUUUUAGUCUUUGACAGAUAAAUACAUCCUUAUGAUUGAUUUCUCUCAUGGUCCCUUCUCUCUCUUUCUGCAUAAUCCCGAUUGUUUCUUGUUUCUUUUCUGACUGUUUGCGUAUAACAUAGGUUGAAGUAAAAACAAACAAACACAUGAUCUGGUAUGACUCCGUAAAAGCAUGAAUCGUAGAUGACCCCUAUACACUUAGUCUAGCGGUCCUGCUUCUAUCGACACAUCAGCUUAGCACCCC